AUGUCUAAAGCAGCUCCUGCCAAAAAGCCAGUGGCUGUGGCCCCACCUCCUGGAUGUACCCUGGACAUCAAUGACCCACAGGUCCAGAGUGCGGCCAUUCGCAUCCAGGCCUCUUACCGGGGCCACAGGUCCCGGAAGGAGCUGCGCGAGAAGGGGCCGCCGCGGGUGCUGGAGCCGCUGAAGGACGUGGUGCUGAUCGAGGGCAGCGCGGCCAAGCUCACUUGCCGCAUUUCGGCUUUCCCGGACCCAUUCAUCCGCUGGAGUAAGGACGGCAAGGAGCUACGUGACGGGCCCAAGUACCGCUACGUCUUCGAGGACCCUGACGUGGUGGCACUGGUGGUGCGCGACGGCGAGCUGGCAGACCUGGGCCAGUACAGCAUCAACGUCACCAACCCCUUCGGCCAGUGCUCCGACUCGGCGCGCAUCCUCGUGGAAGUCCCGGCGAAGAUUCAAAAGGGACCCGACAACACUAAGGCGCGCAAAGGCACCACCGUGACGCUGACUGCGGAGAUCCUGGGAGAGCCUGCGCCCGACGUGGGCUGGACCAAGGACGGGGAGGACAUCGAGGAGGAUGACAGGGUGUUCUUCGAGAUCGGCAGCACCACCACGACGCUGACCAUUCGCCGGGCCACGCCCCAGGACAGCGGCAAGUACGAGGUGUACGUAGAGAACAGCCUGGGCAUGGACCAGAGCUUCGCUCGCGUGGACGUGGCCUGA